AUGGAGAACACCGACUACCAUUGUGGAGUUGACGCCAAGGAUCUGAGUUUGGUUCCUGAUUUAGUGCUCCCGCCUAAGUUCAAGAUGCUAAAGUUUGAAAAGUAUAAUGAGACUAAUUGUCCUGAAGCUCACAUCACGAUGUUCUGUCGAAGAAUGACGGGAUAUGUUAACAACGAGCAACUGUUAAUUCAUUAUUUCCAAGAUAGUUUGAUUGGAUCGGUUGCCAAAUGGUACAACCAGUUAAGCCGUGCCAACAUCCAUUCAUGGAAGGACUUGGCGCGGGCUUUCAUAAAGCAAUACAACCAUGUAACAUACAUGACACCCGAUAGAAUCACAUUGCAGAACAUGGAAAAGAAGCAAAGUGAGAGCUUUAGAAAAUAUGCCCAAAGAUGGAGAGAGGUAGCGACACAAGUCCAGCUACCUCUUCUAGAGAAAGAAACCACGAUGCUUUUCAUCAACACUCUAAAAGCCCCAUUCAUUAACCACAUGUUGGAAAGCGCUACUAUGAGCUUCUCAGAUAUGGUAAUGUCUGGCGAGAUGAUUGAGAACGCCAUAAGAAGUGGGAAGAUAGAUGCGGGGGAAAGUGCCAAAAGAUCAACCCCAAAGCACAAAGAAAAUGAAGUGAGUAACCUGAGCUUGUAUAAUAAAGGGUAUUCAAAAUUAGUCACUGUAGGCCAGCCAAGGACGGUAGCAACUAGCUAUUAA